AUGGAGGCUCGAGGAGGCGCCGGUCCGGCGCAGGAGGAGCUCGUGUUGACGGCGUGCGAUGCGAGGAGCUCGUCCGGCGAGAGCGAAGGCGACACCGUUGAGCAACUCGUCGCCGUCAAUCCUUUCAACUCUGAGAUCUUGCCUGAUCUCGAAAACUACGUUAACGAGCAGGUUACAUCGCAAACGUAUAGUGUGGAGGCAAAUCUAUGCUUGCUUCGGCUCUAUCAGGCUCUUAUGGCUAUGCCAACUCCAGAUUUCAGCCUUUGCCUCUUCUUGAUUUCCGAAAGAGUGCAAAUGGAGGAGCAGUUCAAGGCACUUAUUGUUCUCUCGCACUACCUUGAGGCUGUUAACAUGGAUGGUGCGUCUCUAGACAAGUUCAUUGAGCACCAAGUAAGUAACGGUGGAUGGAUUGUUGAGAAAGUAGGUGGAAGUAUCGUCUUACCGCAAAACGAAUUUAACCAUCUGAAGCAUAAGAAAAAUGCAGGUGAGAAUGUUCCCUUAGAAUGUUUCAGUUUUGUGUUUGCAGAUUGUAAUAUACGUUUAAAUUUUUAUGAAGCAUAA